CGGCUCGCAGGUUGACAUGAGUCGAGCACUGGCGGCACUACGGAAGCGCGGCCUGCUGGCUGGAUUGACCCACGAGCAUGCGUCAUCCGUGCUAGAUGCGGCAGUGAAGAAGCACCAAGAUGGCUCCUCGCAGAAGGCUGUUGGCGUCUACUGCGGCUUUGACCCCACGGCAUCGUCGCUGCACGUGGGCAACCUUGUGACCGUGAUGGCACUGCGCCACUUUCAGCUGGCAGGAAUCAAGCCCAUCUUGCUCGUUGGCGGAGCUACCGGCAUGAUUGGUGACCCAAGCAUGCGUUCCGACGAGCGAGUCAUGCUAACCGCGGAAGAAGUUGACGCCAACUCUCGCAACUUGGUGAAUAGCUUGAAGAACGUGCUUGAUUUUGACUGCCCCAAGGUUGGUGCCGAGGUUGCCAACAACAUGUCGUGGCACGGCAAGAUAUCCGUCGUGGACUGGAUGCGCGAGUGCGGCGCAUAUGCCCGCGUGAAUGCAAUGCUGGCCCGCGAUAGCGUCAAGCGGCGGCUCGAUGCAGAUGCUGGAUUGAGCUUCCUCGAGUUUUCGUACCAGUUGUUUCAGGCGUAUGACUUUCUGCACCUGCACCGGCACCACAACGUGGUCGUUCAGGUCGGGGGCAGCGACCAGUGGGGCAAUAUCGUGGCUGGCUGCGAUUUAGUCCGCAAGGCGGAUGGGGGUGAGGUUUACGGGGUCACCGUGCCCCUCUUGACGACAGCGAAUGGCGAAAAGUUUGGCAAGUCUGCCGGGAACGCUGUCUGGCUCGACAGCUCCAAGACAUCUGUGUACGACUUUUACCAGUACUUCAUCCGCACCGACGACGCUGAUGUUGCAACGCUGUUGAAAACGUUUACGCUUUUGGACGUGGACGAAAUCGACGCGAUUGUCGCCGACCACGCGGCGCGCCCAGAGGACCGCCGUGCCCAGCAGAUUCUCGCAGAGCACGCGACAAAGAUGAUUCAUGGCAGCGAUGCAUUGAAAGCUGCACAAGUGGCCGCCAACGUGUUAUUCGGCGGGUCGUUGGAUGGUGUGACUGCCUCUGAUAUUUUGGCGAUUGACGCCCCCCGAUCGGGCUUGAGAUGGAGUGAACUUCAGGGCAAGCGUGCCGUGGAUGUUCUCGCGACCAUCGGGGCCAUCCCGUCCAAAGCUGAAGGCCGACGUUUGAUCAAGGCUGGAGGCGUGUACGUAAACAACGUCCGCGUCGACUCGGACGCUGCUGUGAUCGACGCGAGUCAGAUCGUUCAAGGGCGCGCCGUCCUCGUUCGGGUUGGGAAGCGCAAUUAUCACGUCAUCCACGUCACCGACGCGUAGAAGAGGAACUUGUUUUGAACACGACGGCAUCUCGCCGAUGGGAUGGCUGCCAGGCAUGCAAUCUGAACACCGCGACGGUGAUUCUCGUUACGUCGUUAAGAUGGCCCUCGAGCAGGC